CAACCCCUCACCCACGCCGCCACCACCACACGGCACACAUACAAGACGCACCGGUAAAAGGCGCUAUGAAAGCGACGGCAAUGACAUCUGAAAACCAAUCACGGCAUUCCCAAAGUGACUUGCCCUAUGUCCUCAUCUUAAAACCGCCGCCAUCCUUCCUCCUCUUCGGUGACCAUUUUUUGGACUCAUCCAAAUUCCAAUACUUGAAAGCAUACGAAUCCCCACUCCCUCUCCCCCAGUUCUUGCAGGAACAUGCACAAUCGGUACAAGCCAUUUUCUCAUCCGGUCUCGCUCCCGUCACCGCCGAAACUAUCCGCCUUUUGCCCCGUCUGGGUUUGGUCGUUACCACUAGUCAGGGGCUUAAUCACAUCGACCUCACCGAGUGCCGACGCCGUGGCAUCGCAGUGGCUGGAGCUGGAACUAUUUUAUCCGCUGAUUGUGCAGAUUCUGCGGUGGGAUUUUUGAUCGACGUCUUGAGGAAGAUCUCGGCUGCUAACCGUUAUGUCAAGCAAGGGCUCUGGUCUUCCCAAGGAGCCUAUCCUCUUGGCUAUAAGCUCGGAGGUAAGCGUGUUGGAAUUGUAGGAUUAGGGAGUAUUGGAACAGAGGUUGCUAAAAGACUGGACGCAUUUGGCUGUUCAAUUUCAUACAAUUCAAGAAGUAAAAAACCUUUAGUGCCAUACACCUUUUAUCCCAACGUGGUUGAACUUGCGGCUAAUUGCGAUGCCCUUAUAAUUUGCUGUGCUUUAACUGAUGAAACUCACCACUUGAUCAACAAGGAAGUAUUGUCAGCGUUGGGGAAAGAUGGGGUCAUUAUCAAUAUAGCUCGUGGACCUAUCGUCGACGAGAAGGAAUUGGUGCGUUGUUUAGUUAAGGGAGAGAUCCGAGGUGCUGGCUUGGAUGUGUUUGAGCAUGAACCCGACGUUCCGGUCGAGCUCUUUGCAUUGGAUAAUGUAGUUAUGUCUCCUCAUUGUGCUGUUUUGACAACGGAAUCUUUUGAAGAUUUGGGUAAACUAAUGGUCGGAAACAUUGAAGCCUUCUUCUCGAAUGAACCCUUACUAACUCCUGUUUCUCUGGAUGGAUGAUCUACCACAUUUCUGGUGGAGGAAAGACUGAAUGUAGGCCAAGGAGAACAGCAGGAGUAAGAGUUGGUGGAUUAUUAGGUGAUUUUAACUUCAGUUGUGAGUUUGAGAAUAAAAGCUCUGAAGUUUCUUGAAACUUUUGUUCAGAGUCGAUAUGUGCUGAUUUACAGUGAACAUUUUUUUAUCA